GCGUGUCUGGCUGUGUAUUUGUGGGUAGAAAAUGUACGAAGUUUAAUAAUUCCGGUGUCAAAUACAAUUCCACAUAAAGUUUUUUUCGCUCUUAAGUUUCAGUAUUCUGUGCAUUUUUCCGUUCGUUUAAAUUACGUUUAGUUAUUGAAUAUUAAAAUUUUCGCUGUUCUUUCUCUUGAUAAUUUGGUGUGUGAUGUGAGUGGAUCCAAUGAAAGGAAAGAAAGAGAGAAAAUAAGUGACGAAAACAGACACAACACAUAUAGUAAAGAUGUGAAAUGGUCGACGAUUUUAGUUAGUUUUUUUUUUUCUUUUUCGAUUGUACUUGGAAUUUUUAACAAAUGUUGUCAGCAGGUGGACACUGUGACUGGUAAAAAGACAAGAAGCAAUAUCAAAGAUAAAAAAGCAUCAAAAACAAGAUAAAGCAACGAAACAAAUAAUUUAAAUUACAAAGAUUAAACACGAUAUACAAAUAAAUAUUAAAUUGAUCGCUGAUAUUGUGAUCUCUGUGCCAUUUUCAAUAUGAAUUUUCGUGUAAUAUUACAAACAAAACAGUAGUUGCGCCAAACUCUGCUAAAAUGUGAUUUUUUUCCACAACACCGUGAUAAUAAUUUUCGUAGUCUGGAGAAUCAAUUUAAAGAAAAAAAAUGAGAAUGGUUUGGUAAACCGAUUGACAAUUGAGUUUGUAGUGAAGCAAAAUUAUGUGAAAUGAUCUAACGAGCGCAUAUUGAUUAUCCUGGGAUUUAUUCAACCCAAUCGAUGAUAUCACACAUAUCGUUUAGUACUAUUAUCGUUCGGCCUGGAAAAAGGAACAAUUUUGAUAAAAUUAUUAACACAUAAAGACCUAAAUAUUUAAUCAAACUUCAUGCGUUUGAUGAAUGCAAGUGUGGCAGAUUUUCGGUGGUGCAUGCGACAGCAAAGGCACAGCGUAAUGAAACCAUCGAUAACAAUCGAUUAGAACGGAAAUUAAAUGCAUAACAUUAACAAAAUGUGCAAAAAUGACAGAUGAACAUGGAAUGUUAAGAAACGGUAGCAUAGAUAGUGUUGGUACAGCUGGCAGGGAAUUGAAUUUUGAUUCAACUGCAUCAUCGAGCUCAACCGUGACCACCACAACCAAUUCAGUGAAUACCACUUUACCAAAUAAUGACGGAAACAAUAAUGAAAAUUCAACAGCAGCACAAAAUAAUAGUGAUCGGCAACCCCAAUCGCAAUCACAUUCACCCAUCGAUACACAAAAUGGCAACAAUAAUGCGGACAAUUUUGUGAGCACAAGUAACGGCAACUAUAGCAGUGGCUCUGGAAACGGAAGCAAUGCCAAUAGUAAACAACCAAAUCAUAGCGUAAACUACUCGAAUAGCAAUAACGGGAGCCCAUUGAAUAACGUGUGUGGAGGGCGAUUGCAAUUUUUCAAAGAUGGAAAAUUUAUUCUUGAGUUGGCUAGGUCAAAGGAGGGAGACCGAGGAUGGAUUUCUGUGCCUAGAAAGACGUACUGGCCCCCAGCUGCACUAUCACAGAAUAACUUGAAUAAUCAUAAAAACGAAAGUUCAACAUCGCUUAGCUUUUCUGAUGACAACAGCUCCAUUCAGUCUUCUCCUUGGCAACGUGACCAUAGUUGGAAACAGUUAUCACCACGCAAAAAUAUUUCAAAAGAUUUGAAUCUUUAUUAUUAUCGUCCGGCAGCACUGGCCCUAAGUGAAGCAUCAAAAUUAGUGUCGAAAUAUGUUCGCCGUCAACCGCACUCGAGAAGGAAUCACAGCACUGUACGGUACGCGAAAUGUAGUGUACAGAAACCAUCAUUGCUUAAAGUAAAGGAGGAGAAGAUCGACAUAGACAUUGACGAAAAGAAUAAAAUAGAUGAUUCAAACGAAAGAAAUGAUAAAGGACAGGAUAUGGGAGACACUGUGGACAGUUCAAAUGGCAAGGCUGAGAAUAAAUUAAACAGCGAUGAUGAUAAAAUGAGCCACAAAGACAGUGAUGGAAUCAAUUCAAAAUUCAAAGGAUCGAUAGCUGCAGAAGAUAUUAAAAUUGAAAAUAGUUCAAAGAGUGAUGAAGCAACACAUUUGAGAAAUUGUCGCAAAAGGCAAACGGUACGAUCGUCAUCCAACUUGAGCGGUGUAAUAGAGAAGCUUAUUGCUAGGGUAUCUGAAAAACCGGUGAAUGUUACGUCCACCCAGACUGGACUUGGGAUUCAGUUCUCCGCUUCGUCAAGAUCUAAUGAAUUAUUUUUUCCACAUCAACAUGUCUCUCCACGAAAGCGAAUCCUAAGAGAAUUCGAAAAGGUCUCUCUUGAAGACCGAAAUUCAUCAACUCAAAAACGAUCUCGGUCUAAGAGCAGUGCAUCUACCGAUUUUGCAAUGGUUGGUAGUUCAAAACCGUCUGGUUCAAACUAUUCGAUUGUGGUGGCACAGCAUACUGCGAGCAUAGCGUGCAACAAUAAAGAGGAAAACAGUCGUAUGGCAAAUGGAACUCCGCCGAGAAGCUCCAAUUCAAUGGAUGUAACAUCGUCGGACAAAUCAUUCAAAGGCUCACGAAUAAUGUCGUCUAACGUCAAUCAAUCGAAGAGUAGUCAAUCGCACACAUCAACUGAAACUUCAUUACAGCCGGUGUCGAAACCAAUCAGUAAUUACAGUAUUAUAUCGCUUUUGGGGCAUAAUAAUUCCACCAAUAAUAGUGAAAGAAAUGAAAUUAACACUGAAGAAAAACCCAACAAUGAAAAUAGAAGAUCUCCCAGAUCGCCUAUGUCAUAUAAUCAUCAAAUUUUGUCCAGCAAUCGUUCGACAUUCGUACCGAAGAAAAAAUCUCCUACCAACAGCGGAAGUGCGUUAGUCAACUCGCCGACUAAUUAUCGUAGCACUCGUUCACCAGACAUAAACAGUCCGAGCCCGGGACUUCAGCAGAAUUCACACCACAAUCGAUAUCAUCCAGCAUCGUUAUCAUCGCCGACAUCUAGUUUUCAUCCAUAUUUAUCAUCAUCUCGCGCCUCACCAUUAAGUUCUGGUACAUUAUCACCGACCGAUCUAUAUCGUCAUCGGUCGUAUCGCACAACUGCGUCACCGAGUACAAUGAGCAACAGCAGCGUGAGCGGCUUAACACACCAAUAUGCAUCUCUAAACGGAUCACCGACAGCUUUUGCUAAUCGAUACUCACCAUCCACAUACAGCGGUAGCACUAAAACAUCCCCGACACAGUCAUCACAAACGUCUAGCCUAUCAUCAGCGUACAAUGUUAGCAACCUGUUACCCCAAACCUACGAUGUAAAUGCUUCAAAUGUGAGUGAAAAUCAACGAUACUCACCAAAUCCAAAGCACCGAUCCAGUGAUUGGUCACCUGCCCGGAAUUCGGCGGUGUCAGGUCGAAGUAGCCCAUCAAACUACGCAAACAGUAAUAACAGUUUGUCCACAACAACGAUUCCGAAAAAGACUGCAUCUAUUCGUCAAAAAUAUGGAUCUCUAAGUCCAAAUGGUUUCGCAUGUGGUACUAAUAGUGAGAAUGCGUUGUCAACUAAACUUGAAUCAAACUCGGUGAAAAAGUCAAUGAGCGAAUCCAUUGUGGAUGCAAAACCUUUAGCGAAACGAUCAAAAUCGCCAACUGAGCCGCCCAAAAAACCGCAAGCACAGGAGAUUUACGAGAAAGAUUUACAAGCACGAUACAAUGCCGAAAUAGCUGCCAUGCAUCAUCAAUCAUUGAUAGCGUCAGCAUUACAACAGCAAGCGGCAAGUAGUCCGUUCUAUCAUAUGUACGCGGGGAAUAAUUUACAUGGCGCCAAUAUACCUCCAUCGAUGAGUGCUGCCGCUGCCGCAGCAUAUAUGAACCCAUUGUAUUAUCAUCAUCCCGCCAGCGAAUUAUUCCGGAAAUCCCAUCCAUCUGCUGCGAUGGAUCUCCUGCAUAAAAAUCUGGUUCCAUCUUGGAUGGAUCCGUACAAUGCAUCUUCAAUGAUGCAUUAUCCCCAAAUGCCCGGAUCGGCAUUGAUUUCUGACAAAUCACCAUUAGCGGCGGCAAAAAAUCAAAAUGAGGUUCAUUCGAUGGUAAUGUCGCCGUACAGCCUGGGUAGAACGGUUUCUGCUAGAGACCAACAUUCCACCGACAUUGAUAUGUGGAACGCAACCGAUGGUAAAAAGACAAGACCCACAUCGCCCGCCACUUCCGCAUUUCGACGACAAUCACAGCAAUUCAGUGAUUGCGAACCAAUCUCACUUAUAAAAGAUGAACCAAGUUCAGGUAAAUAUGUUAAUCGAUCAAUCCAUAAAUAGUGAAUUGGCGAAAGUGUUGAAACCUACAAAUAGUAUAGUUAUUCUAUAAUUAACAUCAUUUUUUGUUUACCUUUUUUUCCUUUCAGACGUUCCAUUAAAUUUAUCGAAGCAUUAAAUAAUUAUCAUGGAGUAGGAGUAAUUAUAAUUUUUAUUUUUAUUUCUCUAUUCUCACGAUUCGUAAGUCAAUAUUAGGACGAGAAUAACUCACAUUUUGCUGUUAAGUAACGAUAGCGCAAACUAGUUCUACGAAAAUUAAACCGAUGCAUUAUCUAUUUGAUGAUUUUUUAUUGCGUUUAAGCAACAAAUGCGCACACCGACAAAACUCAAAAUUUCAGAAGAAAAGAAACGCGCAAGUUUAUUCAAAUGCAUCAAAUGUAUUUGGAAAGGGCUUGAGAUUGAAUCAUGCUCCACAGUGGUAAAAAUUUUUCGAAAUAAGUUUUUCAAAUCGAUUUGAUUUGUAUAUAAAAGCAGACAAAUAUCCAUUGAUAAGAAGCGAAACCUGUAUGUCUCUUGUUCGAAAUAGGUAUUUUGUGUUAUACGAAAAGUGGUUGAUCGAGGAACAGUUUGCACUUAAGAAUAUAUUUCGAGUCGAACAAUAUUUAUAAAAUUUAGUUCAAUUUUUCUCCUAAAAAUUAUUGUAAAGACUGGAACAAUUUCAUUAAUUAAUAAGCGCAAUGGACACAUCAAUCAUAUCGAAAAUAUCUCAAUGAUUGUUCUUUUUUUUAACGCACAUGCAUCCAUAAGGGACGGUAUCAAACAAAAUAGCAGUGACAUUUUGUAAAUAGUUAUUGGAUUUCUUGGAAUAAAUAUGCUAAAAUGUGGGAUUUAUGCAAACACAA